CGCUUCCGGUGAUACCUCCUUUUCGGCAGCGGCUAUUUCCUCGCCAACAUGCCACUCGCAAAAGACUUGUUGCACCCAUCCCCUGAGGAGGAGAAGAGGAGACACAAGAAGAAGCGUCUCGUCCAGAGUCCCAACUCUUAUUUUAUGGAUGUCAAAUGUCCAGGAUGCUACAAGAUCACAACGGUGUUCAGCCACGCUCAGACAGUCGUGCUGUGCGUAGGCUGUUCAACGGUCCUGUGUCAGCCCACUGGAGGCAAAGCACGUCUCACAGAGGGGUGCUCGUUCAGAAGGAAGCAGCACUAGCUGUUCUUCCUGAAGCUGAAGGGGAGAGGAGGGGAUGGACUGGUUGAUAUCGGCAUCUCCUGCCUCGAGACAACCGCGACGGCAGAGCCUGUGGUCCCGAAUUGAUACGAGACCAGAUGAUUUAACAGGACAGAGGAUGUUUUCUCUGUUUGUGUUGACCUAUUGGUUGUUGCUUUAAUUCCUCCCUCCAACCCUGUCUCUCUAAAUAAAAUGUUUUCGCUAAA